AUGUAUCUGUACUCGUCGGUAGCGUGCUUUGUGUUGCUCUGCGUCCUAAUUGUGGCGUACUGGCAGCGUGAGCGCAUCGUCUCGCUCUUGUCCCCGUCGUCGCAAGAGUCGCUGCGCACGGGGCUAGCGCGGAUCUCGCCGCGGUGGCUCGGCUCCUAUGCCCCCCUCCAAGUGUUUGACUGGAACACGGCGGCAAAUGUGGGGCUCUCGAGCUCGCUCUUUGAUAUCGAGGCCAACAUCCGCGACGGCGACUCGCGCGCCGGCCUCGACGAAGCAGGGAUGCAAGAGGUGCACCAGAUGAUGCAGCAGCAAGGCAUUACGUUUGACGAGGCGCGCUUGCGGCGGCACCGUGCGCUGCUGAAAAAGAACAACAUCGACCCCCAGACCGGCUUGCCCCUCGACUCCAAGGCAAUUACGCGACUCUAG